CAUGAUUUAUUUUUAGAAGCGGCCAUGUUUUGGUCAAUGUUAUUGUUUAUUUAGCAAGAAUUUGUACCUGAAAAAUGGUUUAAUUAACUAGAUUAAGGAAUAAUCAAUCGUUAAUUAGUUCGCGGGUAAAAGGUGUCGGUUAUAAAGAUGGAAAGUUCAAUACCAGGUCAUGUAACAGUUUUGUAUCUGUUUACUAUAGUCAAUCUUAUAGCAUUAUUCCAUGUUAGUUUGGUUAAUGCAGAAAUAACAGUCGUGGAUACUGUAAAGAAUAUUACAGUAGCAACGUAUGAUGACAUGCCAGCCAUUUUUGGAGACCGUCUACCUGAUGAAGGCAUAAAUGGGAGAUUGGUAUAUGUUAAACCCCAUAAUGCCUGUACCAUUGUAGAAAAACCACCAAAGCAAAUGCAUUUAAUGGUUAAAUGGAUUGCAUUAAUUGCAAGGGAGGGAUGUGAUUUUGCUGAAAAGGUGUUACAUGCACAAGAUGCAGGUUUUGAUGUAGCUAUUGUAUUUAAUAAAAAAGGUGAUGAACAUUUGGUACCUAUGAGCGGAGGAACUUAUGGAACUCGAGUAUCAAUACCUUCAGUAUUUGUUGGUUACAGUACUGGCAAAGACAUGGCAGAUAAUUUUGAUUAUCGAAAGAAUAAUAUAUUAAUAACCAUGGAUGGUGGAAUACCAUUACCCAAUUAUAAAGUUUAUCUGUGGCCAUUUGCUAUUGUUGUUGGUACAUGUUUUUGUUUAAUGGUUAUUUUUAUGAUAGCUAAAUGGUGCCGUGAUAGACGUAGGAGAAAUCGAUCAAGGCUUUCUACUAAACAUCUAAAAAAGAUUCCUAUUAAGAAAUUUAAGAAAGGUGAUAAUUAUGAUGUUUGUGCCAUUUGUUUAGAUGAUUAUGAAGAAGGCGAUAAAUUGAGAAUUUUACCUUGUUCACAUGCCUAUCAUCGGAAAUGUAUCGACCCCUGGUUGACAAAAAACAGAAAGACCUGUCCUAUCUGUAAAAGACGAGUCAUACCAGGUGAAGAAAAUGAAUCAGACAGCGAUUCUGAUGAGGAUGGUGGGAGCACAAGUCAUGCCGAACCAACAGAAAGAACACCAUUAUUAGCCACACAACCAGCGGUAUCUGCCUCAACUCCUCGAACUUCCACUUUUGAUAAUUCAGGGUUACCAGAAUCUGUACGAGCAGAAGUUACAGGUUUACAACAAGUUGUAGAAAGCUCAGAAGAUUCUGAUGGUUCUGUACAGGGUGCUGUGGGUGGUAUGUCGGUACAAGUUGAGGAUAAACACCCAGUUAAAAACCAUUCUGGUAGCUCAUCAGGGGGAAGUAACACUUCAUUAGCAUCCAGAAACGAUAAUUCUUUAGCAAGUGCAGGUAACCCAACACCUCCCAGAUCUACAACAGGUCAGUCUAACACAGCCUUCAGAGAGGAAGAUGAAGUGAGUUUUGUGAAAGAAGACAAAAAAUUGAAACUGAAUCAAGUUGUUUAGUGACAAGAUUUAAUGGUUUUUUACUUCCAUAUUUUAAAUAGAUUUUUAAUUACGAUAUUUUUGAUUAAAAAAAAAUUACUAUAGGAGCUUUUACAGGUUUCCCUUUUUACUGGCCUUUUCUCUGACAGAAAAUUAUAUAGGCCAUUAUAUGGUAUUGAGUGAAAGUACCCUUGUACCAAUAGCUUGUAUUGCUUAAAAUGGACCUGAUAACUGUUUCCAUUUGCACGAAAGGUUUACUGAAAAAUACCAAAAAUUGAUAUUUAUGAGACUGUUUGUGUUUUAUACACCCACAUUUUUAUUUGGACGUAUUAUGUUGUUCGGCUGUCCGUCCGGACGUGCAUUUACAUUUGUGUGUGGACACUUUACCUACAGGCCACAAUAUUUAUCCGAUUUUGACGAAACUUGAAAUAUAUGUUAUAUCCUAAAGGUCUUGGUUUCUUUUGACCUAGAGAUGCAACAACUCUGCUUCUAAUUAAAGUAGAAUGUUCAGACCCGAUUUACAUGUUCGUUCGGUGAAUGUCUUGACUGAUUUCGAUGAACUAGAACUUACUAGAAGCCAAUCAAAUUUUGAUUUUUUUGUGAUAACUAAUUAAUAAUUAGUCAACUUAGCUGCUGUAGUCGUACAUUAUUGUUUUUUUUUUGUUUUUUUGUGGCAACCUUUCUUUCUAUAAAAAUGUUUUGUAUGGCGAAAUGAAAAACAAAAAUUUCUUGCUGAAAGUGCUACUACUUAGGCAAAGUUUUUGAUUUUGAUUAUUUUUUUCAGAGUUCUGCUUACAUACUUUUGCUUUCCAUUUGUACAUAUUUGAGAAAUUAUAAAGUUAUAAACAAUUAUUAAUAUUAUUUAUAUUUACAUGGAGAGAUUAAUAUAUCUGAAUUUUUUUAUGUCAUGAUUGUUCACAUGUUAUAUAUAUUUUUUUUUUUUGUCAAUUCGCUCAUUGAUUGUAAAGAAGGUAAUGUAGUGUUCCAAAUGGAGCAGUGUCUAUAAGGCCACACCUAUUUGAUCUUUCGUUUGUCAGAUUUCCGGAACAUAAUUAUGGUCAUUGUACUUCUUUUAUUUAAAAAAAAAUAAAUACUAUCACACUCCUAAUCACAAACAGCUGCUUUUCAUUUCAAAGGUUUUAAAAAUAAAUUAAAACUAGAAUUGUCCUAGAAACAGGUUUAAAAAACCGGCAGACCAGACAUAAACUACACAGACAACUAGUUGAUAUUAAAGGUGCUGUUCCAUACUUGCUCACAUCUAAAAUUUUUAAAGGUUGCACACAACUGUUGUUUACAAACCGAUUUUGAUACAAUUUCCAAUUGGCGUACUUUAUCAUUUGGCAUCGAUGUUUGACAUGAUUUCAAAGUAUUUGCACUUUUAUUAGUUUUAAAAAAAUAAAAAAUUAUGACGUCACUAUAAAAACAAUCUAGGUCAAACAUCAAAAUGCUAUGAUCUCAUUUUCUAAAGGGAGAUAAUCAGAACUUUCUGUUAAUAUAUUUGGCUUACUACCUAUUUCAUUUGUAAGUUUUAAGUCUAUAUUUUGAAAAAUAAAAAAAAGUUAGUUUAAAAUUUUAACAAUUUAAAGCUUAUAAUUAGGUCAUGCACUGUAGAGACAUUUCUUUAGACAAAACUUGUGAAAUAAAAACUAUUACCAAUUGGUGAAAACUGCUUUUCAGUCUAAAAAUGUUUCAUUGAAUGUCAAAAAUUGUCUAUGAUGUCAUUUCCUGCAGCCAUUGAGCUAUUGAUCUAAAUUGAGCUAUUAGAUGUUCAAGCCCUCCAUAUCAUCGCCCUCUUUUAAUAAUACUACCCUUGUAAAAUCAGGAAAUGCGAUGCCCUUGGUCUUUAGUAUACUGACAACAAGCAAAUUUUUGUGUAUGUUUCCAUUGUGGUGAAUCAGUUUACAGCAAACUUUGGCCGAGUUGAGUCGCUGAAUUCAUCAGAACGUGCCUAUUUUUGUACUGGUUCUGGUUUCCAGGAAAGAAUAGCAAACAACUCUCAAAACCCCACAGAAUUUGGUUUUGUUACCAAAUGACAAAUGAGUCUCUUCUAUUGUUUUUUUGUUGAUUUAUUAAAAGUUUAAUUUAAAGUGGUGUGGUUUAUAUCUGAUUCAAUGAUGGGGUAUUAAUAUACUGUUUGAAGCACAGGACCGAUCAAUUAUCUUGAAAUUAAUUUUUUUAUUAUUAUUAAAAUUAACCUGGUGGCUCUCUUGCUCCUUUAUUUUAAAUUUAAAAAUUUUAAUUAAAAAAAAAUUCGCUCGCUGAAAAUCCAGACAAACAAAACAUCAAAUUGGUGUGGCCUAAACAAACCAACUCUUAAUAAAUUAAUGGCAAAUAACGUUUUAUAAAAUUUCCAUAAUUAAUCAGGUGAUAGGUAUUUAACCAACCAAAUACCAUGCCUAAAUUUGGGAAUUGUUAUUUAAAAUAUGAAUACAGUGCUACCAGUGCAUUUAAAUAAUGUUCACAUUCCCAUAUAGAUAGUACAGUCUUUUUCACAUAUUCCUGAAAAUUCACAGAUUUAUUUUUAUAUGCCCUCGGAAAAAAAGAGUGUAAAGUAGGCCAUAAAGAAGAAGGAAAAUGUUCCGACUUUUUGGAUUGAUAUUUUCAAAUUGGAUGUUGUGUUUGAGUUAGGGUUUGAUAACAGUAUUUGAUGGUUUGGGUGAAAUUCAUUUCCUAUUCUAACUUUAAUUCCAAAUUUCUUUCUCCAGGAAUUUGAACUAGACUUUUGUAUUAUGUUUUUCGGAAGGAAUGCCAAACAUUGUUAUAUUUUGUAUAUUAAUUAUCAAAAUGACAUUUAUUCACGUGGAGAGUUCAUAUUCAUCUUAUGGACAUUUACAUGUAUCCAAAACCUUUUUAAAAAAUGACCCUGUAGAACAAGAAUAUUAUUUGUUAAUUAAUGCUUUUGAUGAUUCUCCUUACAAGAUGAUUGUUAUUAGAUAACUUGGGCCUUAUGCAGCAUUUUCAUUGGCUAAGAGCUUAAAUCUUUGCUAUAAUUUCAAUCUGAUUAAAAUACAGAUCUAUAUUUCGUUUCAUUUUUUUUAUACUUUCCAUGGCCUACACUACAUGAAGAUCUGACCAGUUGUUUUGGGAGUUCGCAUCAGAGGUCAUUUGAGUGGCUUUUGACCCUAUGACAUUAGACAUUUGAUUAACCAAUCAGCAUUGAUGUUUCUAGUCGAUUACCCACAGUUUGGUGCAUCUCAUGCCAAAAGCUCGCCGUAACAGACCGUUUCAUUGCCUAAUCCCUCACAUCAUCCAGAACAUGUCAAUGAUAACAACUCUUCUAGAUCCUAGUGUAGUAAAGACAUGUAAAAACUAUAAAAAACAAAACUAAACGGGAUCUGUGUUUUAAUCAGAUUGUUAUAAUUUUAGUUCCCCACCAAUGAAUCAUUAGUAUUCUUAAAAUAUUUUAAUCUAGUCUAAAAACAUUUUAACUUGUAAAAUAUUUUACAGAAAAUGAUCUGCUGGAAAAAUAUAUUCUUCUUUGGAUCAAACUGUAUUGGAAUAAAAAUAGAUUAUAAAUUCCAUUCUAACAUGUAAAUGAAUAUAAAGAUAUGGUUAAAAUACUUCAGAAUCUAAUAAAUCUCUUUUUUACUCUGAUAUAAAUAGUUUUGAGAUAAUUUCCCUAUUAGAAUUUGUUAAUUUGUUGGAGAAAUUUUGAAAAAAGUAACCCAAGAAUUAAAUGCUUUAAUAUUUUGAUAAUUUACAAAAUUUGCCAAUCGUAUACAAAUUGGUAGUUCCCGUAAAUGUUGCUUUCCUGGCAAAAUUCUACCCCAAGCAAGGCACCUGUAACUAUUGACAUAAAAAUUACCAUUUUAUGUUAGUCUCAUAUUCAAUAAAUUCUUUAUUUUUUUCCACACUGACUGAGUGUGUAUAUAUUUUUUGUUGUAUUGGUAGUAAACACACAAAAAUCUCUUAUAAUAUUUAUGAUACCCACUUUCCAUUGAUAUUUUCAAUAAAGCACCAAAAUGAAACAUCUUCAUUAUCAGGUUCAGAGAGUGUGUCAGAUCAAAUGGGAUACUGAGAAUAGAUUGCACAUGUAUAGGACCCAAAUUAAAAAAUGUUGAUUUAAAAUUAUCUACCUGUAAAUGAUGAUAGUGAUACUACAACAUAGUGGAUAUGAUAGUAUGUUUAGGCCCGGAUUAAUGGGGGGGCUGACUGGUCUGCAACCAGCCCCACCCCCCAAUAUUAAAAGGGCCCGAAAAACAUUUGGUAAACCUAUCUAUCAUAGUGACCUACAAAUUACUUUUGUGUGAUUGUGGUGGGAAAUGAUCAGAAUAUUAUGCCCCCUUUUCACUGUCAAUACAAGGUCCAAAUGACAUUUUCAGACAGGGGCCCCCAUGCAGGCUUAAUCCCGCCCUGUUAAUGUGACUAUGGUGAUUUUUAUGUUGUUGUUGCAUAGUGAUAUUAAUAUUGCAGAAAUUGCUACUAUGAGGUAUGUGUUGGCAACCAUGUAUUGCUGUAUAUAUAAGAAUGUUAUUACAUUAGUAUUUGUAUGAAGAUAUUACCAUGGUGAUGAUUAUUUUGUAUAUUGUAAUAUAGAUAUAUAGAUAAUAUAUUCAAUGAUUAUUA